AUGGCACCAUUUCCUCUGGGUAUUGAGACAGCUGGAGGUGUGAUAACGAAAAUAAACGAAAGAAACUGCAAGAUUCCUUGCAAACAGUCAAAGACAUUCACCACGUACUCUAACAACCAGCCAGCAGUUACGAUUCAAGUCUUUGAAGGCGAGCGUGCGAUGACCAACCUGCUGAUCACGUUCGACUUGACCGGCAUCCCGCCAGCACUGCGUGGCGUCCCCAAGAUCGACGUCACCUUCGACAUGGACGCUAACGGUAUCCUGAACGUCUCGGCCAAAGAAAACAGCACGGGUCGCAGCAAGAACAUCGUGAUCAAGAACGACAAUGGGCGGUUGUCGCAGGCCGAAAUCAUGAUUAUAUUACAAAAAUUAUGA